AAAAAAAUAAUAAAAAAAUACAAAUUACAAAUGCAGUAAAAGUAAAAUUUUCAUACGUAGGCAAAUAUUGCAUCAAGACUGAGUACAAAAUUAUUUGCGUGCAGACAAUAAUUUGAUAAUUUCCACAUGAUCCACAUCUGGUCAAAAUAUGGACACCAACUCGACAUCUAGUAUCGGGGCUGCCAAAUUUGUAGUGCUGAACGAAAAUUCAUCUGUCAAAAAUUUUCCAUUAGGCGAGCUAGGCAAAAUCAACGGAAAGUAAUGAAAUUAAAAAAUAAAUAAAAACUAAUAAUAUCGAAGCCAGGAUUAAUAAUAAUAAAAUUUCACAAAGAAACCCAUACGAUGAGAUUAAAAAAGCUUCAGCACAAACAUCGACGUAUGAGGAGCAUUCAUAGAUCGUGAUAACCACAAAACUCUAUAAGAAAUGUCAACAAUUCUAGCAGUGAAUGUCAAAGAGCAGGACAGUCUAUUGAGCGUCAUGAAAGGGGACAUAGAAGGAGAAUUUUAUCGUGACGUCACCAUGCACUCUUCUAUGCACCAGUCUGCGCCGCCGUCAGCCAAUGGCUUGCAGUUGCAUUCAGUACUUCUUCUUCUUCUUGGCAUUACGCCCUCACCUUGGAUCACCGUCACACUUUAAAGGGUUCAUAGUUAGCUAUGAAAUCGAACCAAAACAAUUGGCUACACCACAAAAGAAUUGCUUUGGAUUCGUUGUCAUGUCAUCCUACAAUUACGACUCAGUUACGAACCUGUACAUAGAGUAAGUGACGAACAAAUCAAUGAUGUGUCACUGGUCAUGCUCGGAAACACCGAGUUAUUGGAGCUCGGAAUCAAACAAGGACCCCGAAUGAUAAUCCUGAAAAUUAUUGAGAACAUCAAAGCCAAGGAGAUACAGGACACACAGACUAAUCAACCUGGUCUGUCAUCAAAAGAGAUCUGCCGAAGCAUGCUAGAAAAAAACAGCAAGUUCAGACUACACGUCCUGCAUCCAAUACUCGACCAAAACCAAAUGCCCAAUGAUAAUGAUCUCAGGUGCCUAAACAGAGUGGCAUGUGAACCAUUCGAAACGAGGAUUCUGAACGGAGAAAAGUAUCCAUCAGCAGGCGAGCAGGAACAAUUGGCCAAUGACUUGGUACAAUUAUUUCCACAGUUGCAGUUUAAUUCCAAAAGACCUGAAGGAGCACCAGAUGGGUGGAUCUUUUUUUGGAGAAAAAACGGAAUGGAGAAAGGCAAGCACAGUGGUCUGAUAUAUCACCGUGUGCGCAACAUAAUUAAAACGCUUCCGCCAAAAAUGCAUCUAUACCAAAGGACAACUGUACCGAAAAAUACUCAUGUUCCUAAUGAACUGGUCGAAAAAGCCGAGAAUCUACGUACGGUGGAAGCAACCAAAAACGAGAAAAAAAGGAUUGCGGUCGAAAUGGAAGCAUGCAACCCGUUACUCAAAUUGAUGCUGAGCGAAAAGAAAAGCGCAUCCGAAAUACUUUCGGUGUUUCCUCACUUGUUGGCCUACAAUGGAUAUAUGAUACACAAAUCGGCCCUCAAACUCUUCCCUUCGAUGGAAUCAAGUCCGGAUUACAAAGGAGUUCUAGCUAAAUGUCUUUUGUUUUCGCGUCAUAUGUUUAAGCAAGUUGAAGAUGAAUACAUCCGAGGAUGCCUUCGUAUUUUGUACAAGUUGCCGGUACGAGGAUUGAAAAGAAGAAGCGAUGGUACGUCUGUUAUUUCUGAAGAAAAGCUGGCGUCAUCACUCGUUCGUUGGGUAAAACCAAAUCAAAACAUCGAUGAUGACCUAGCGGAGCACAUGACAUCACUAAUUCAAAUCGAGCCCCACAUUGCUUGCAUUGCACCGCCGUUUAAAACAGGACACUACUUUGUAGUGAUGAACAGGACAGUAUCCAUCAGCGUGCUAAAUUCCAUAGCUGCUAUCGACAUUUUAUUCAAAACCUUCAAAGUACUAGGUACUCCAGUACCCAGUAAUUUGGCAAUGGUGAUGGACUUCUUCGAAUGUGUGCUCUACAGAACAAGUGGCCACAGCUCACGGAAAUCGGUCAAUAACCUGGUUCAAUCAUUCCAGGAUGCCGCACAUGCAGAGGAUAAUUAGUUUAAGAUGUUGGCCUGAAAAGACACGUCACGUGUCAAGCUAAAAUUUAGCAAUAAUUUUUAAUUUUAUUUUUAUGUUGUUUUCAUGAACUAAAUAUUUUUUUCGCUUCAUGUGACGUGCCUAUACAGUUCUUGUUCUAAACCGAUUGAUACGUAGUUGAAGUUGAAGUACUUCCCCUCGUUCAACUAUCCCCCUAUACAAACUAUUAUCAUUGCCAAUUGCAAGGCAUAUCUAAGAUUAUAAGAAAUUACUGUAACCUUUUUAAUUUCUGACGUAUAUUGAACGUAAUA